AUGGCUCCCCAGCAGAAACAGCCCGAACGCCUCAAACACGUCGCCGCAAAGGCGAACUCCUCCAACCCAUCACAAUUAGGCGAUCCCGUCUCCCUUAAGGCCGAGGUCUCCAAGCUCUCGCCGACGGAAGGGGACCUCGGCGCGGCAGCGGACUCGAAACCGCGCUCCGGUACGCAGUCCAAGGGCAGCAGCGGUGACGGUAGUUCCACAGGCGCGAAGAACUCGGAUGGAUCGCCCGUCCAGGACUACGACAAGAGACGGUUGAAGGACGUUGCUAAGGAGGACCUCGAGAGCGGAAACCCGUCGCAGCUGGGGGAUCCCGUUAGUCUCAAGGCUGAGGUUACGAAGAAGGAUCCGGCGCCGGGGAGGGCUGAUGGGCAGAGGGUUGAGAAAUCUAAGCUAUGA